AACACAGCCACAGCCAAAGAGAGAAGAAAACGAAGUUAGGUUAGGUUAGGCUGUAUAUCCGCGGUUUCAGUUAAACACGUUGAGAUCAUGUGAAAUCAUAGCGUGGGUGUUUAUUCGGAUACGUGGAGCUACGCUAUGAUAUCGAGAUCGAUUAGAGAUAUCUGGCAGAGUGCUAGAUUCAUAUUCUCCUGUGACAGUGCUGCGAGAAAAGUUCUAAGAAAUAUCCGUUGCAGGUAUAAAGUCAUUCUUACUUUCUGUGUCAUCAUUUUCUCGACACAUGGUGAAGAUUAUUAUGAAAUUCUUGGUAUAAGUAAAUCAGCUGGUCAGGAUGAAAUACGGAAAGCCUUUAAGAAGCUAGCUAUCAUUUAUCAUCCUGACAAGAAUGGAGAUGAUCCAAAUGCCCAUGAUAAGUUUAUUCAAUUGACCACAGCUUACGAAGUAUUGAAGGAACCAGAUUCAAGAAGGAAAUAUGAUAUCUAUGGGAAAGAUGGGCUUGAUAUGUCUAAUAAGAAACAAACUUAUCAUUCAUGGAGUUACUAUCAGAAUAGUUUUGACAUGUACGAAGAUGAUCAACAUGUUGUUACUCUAGAGAAACAUGAUUAUUUUGAAAGUGUUAUCAACUCUGACUCGAUCUGGUUCGUCAACUUCUAUUCUCCAAUGUGCAAUCAUUGUCAUGAUUUAGCAUCUGUUUGGAAGGAAAUUGCAAAGUUACUCGAUGGUGUUGUGAAAGUUGCAGCAGUCAACUGUGAAGAUAAUUGGCAAUUGUGCCAUCAAGUAGGAAUCAGAGUCUACCCUACACUACUUCAUUUUGAGAAGAACUUACAGCACGGAACACACUACACAGGGAGGCACACUCAAGAAGCUAUUGUGCGAUUUGCAUUAGACAGGCUAAAUAUUCAUCUACCUGAAAUAAGUAAAUCCCACUGGGAGUUGUUCUUGCGCGGUAUGGAAAUUACCGAAAGACCAGUGUUGAUUUUUACUUGCGGUGAUCAGGAAAAUUGUUUUACUUCCGAAGAAAAGCUUAUAGUAGCGGCCAUAUUUGUAAACAUCACAGACAAAGUGAUUGAUGUGAAGGUAUUUCUUUGCAAGGAUGACAAUUGUCAUCGCAAAAUAUCUUACAAUACACAAGCGGUCUAUCUAGCAGUGUAUAAUGCGUCUUCUUGGGAACCUGUACUUUUUGACAAUAUCCCUGAUGUUAACACAUUAAUGGAAAAGCUUUUGGAUCAAUUGCCAAGGCCGCAAGAAUUGACUGAAAAUGAUUUUGAAAAUAUCAGAAAAACGAAGUUCGAUGUUGCUUGGCUUCUAUGCUUUUACCUUGGCGAUUCAACGGCUAUAGAAUCGCAAAUGAAAAAACUUUCGGCCAUUGCUAUUAAUUUCGGUAAACUAAAUUGUGGCAGAAAUGGGCAACUCUGUAAUAAAUUGGGUGUAAAUCGUUAUCCAAUUUGGGGUAUUCUCAAGUCAGGUGGAGCAUUCGAAUUGCACCACGGAAAGAACACCAACAACGACAUCAUAAAAUUUGUGCAAAUUAGUGCGAAAGCUACAAAUGUUUGGGCUCUCACUGCAGGGGAAGCAUUGUCGAUACUACAAAGAAACAGUGGGAAUGAAGUAUGGUUUUUAGAUUGGUACGCACCGUGGUGUCCACCUUGUGUAAAUUUUUUGUCAGAACUUCGCAGAGCGUCUUUAGAAUUCGAUAUGUCGAUAGUCCGUUUUGGUACUGUCGAUUGCACCGUCCAUGCUAUGCUAUGCCGUCAAUAUAACAUACAUUCUUAUCCUACCGCGAUGCUCAUUAACGGCAGUAAUACACAUCAGUUUACACUACAUAAAACAGCUGCGAAUAUUAUCCAGUUUAUCAACGAGAGGAGAAACCCUUCGGUCAUAGAAUUAACAUCGGAGAAUUUUCAUCGCAAGUUGACGAAAAAGAAAAGUAAAGUCAUGUGGAUCGUUGAUUACUUCGCACCGUGGUGUGGGCCGUGUCAGCGAUUGGCGCCCGAGUGGAUAACCGUUGCGAAGAUGUUGAGCGAUUUGUCGUUCAUAAAUGUGGCCAGUGUGAAUUGUGAGGUUGAGACUUCCAUAUGCGCGUCCCAAGGGAUACGUUCAUAUCCCAACAUUAGGCUCUAUCCGAUAGGAAGCGAGGGUCUGAGUACAAUCGCUUUAUACAAUGGACAACGAGAUUCGUUAUCCAUAUUAACGUGGACAACGACGUUUUUUCCAAAGAAAGUCCGUGAUUUAAAUCCUUCGGAAUACCGUGAGGUACUGAGUAGCAAGCAUAUGUGGGUCGUCGAUUUUUACAUGCCACAGUGUGGCCAUUGUCAAAGGAUGGAGCCUCAGUUUGCAAUUGCCGCUCAGUUAGUGGAGAAAGUGCGAUUUGGAAGAAUCAACUGUAAUUUUUAUAUGCACGAUUGCGUACAAGCAAACGUACAAGUAUUUCCUACGUUAGUAUUAUACAAGUCGAAGCGAAAACAAAACAAUAGCUACGAUGGUGUUAGAAUAAUCGGGACGACAGCUAAGACGAUAAGAGAUGAAAUUUCAGAGAUUGUUAAAUUUCGUAUGAAACAUGACGAACUGUAAUAUAACUAUAAACCAAGUGUGCCUAAAUUGAGAUUAAUAUAUUUUAGCAAAAUA